AUGCAAAUAUACAUAUUUAUUUACACAAAUAUUUACGUACGGUACUAUUUACUUAGGUACCUACUAAUAUUAAUUACCUAGUUAAAAUCAUGAGUAAUUUAGAUUUUGAUGAUAACGACAUAAGUUAUGAAAGUGCCCAAAAAUAUUGGUCAGAUAUUCCUGCAACUGUUGAUGGAGUUCUCGGUGGCUUUGGAUUUAUAUCUGACAUAGACAUAGAAGGAUCAAGAAUUUUCCUUGAAAGUCUUUUAUCGUGUAAUAAAGCUCCAUGCACUGAUUUAGCACUUGACUGUGGUGCUGGUAUAGGAAGGAUAACAAAGAACUUACUAUUGCCAUACUUUCAAUUAGUGGACGUUGUGGAGCCCGAUAGUAAAUUCAUUAAAACAAUAAAAAAUUAUGUUGGUGAACACCAAUCAAAGAUUGACACACUAUACGAAGUUGGUUUACAAGAUUUCAAUCCUGUCAAAAGAUAUGAUGUUAUUUGGAACCAGUGGGUUCUAGGAUAUCUACUGGAUCAGGAUUUAAUAGCUUACUUAAAACGCUGCAGAAAUGCUUUAAAGACCAAUGGAGUCAUUGUAGUAAAAGAAAACGUAACUUCAUCAGGUAAAAGUGAAAAGGAUGAAACAGAUUCCUCAGUUACACGAUCACUACAACAGUUUCUUAGUAUUUUUAAACAAUCAAAGCUGAAGAGAUUAAAACAGUGUAAGCAAACUAAUUUCCCUAAUGGAAUUUACCCUGUUUAUAUGUUUGCAUUAGUUCCUAUACAGGAAGAUUAUAAUUCUGAGGAUUUAAAGGUAUAAUAAUAGCGUAAUUGUGGUUUAGUGAAUAUUUAAAAAAUGGACAGAAAAAAAGAAAUAAUUAUUAUCUGUAAAAAUGAAAAAUAAACAUGUAUUAUAAUGUAAACUUUAGCCUCUUACUGUACAUUGUUUACAAUGAUAAAUCAUGAAAUUGUUUUUAUUUUUUAAAUUAUUUGUGUAUCACAAUAUAAGAAAAGCAAGUUGCAUUUUUUAAGACAUGUCAUAGAUGUAGUUGUCUAAUUUCCGUCUAUAUAAUUAUAUAUACAGACGUAUUCCUCUUGGGAUGUGAUAAUACAUCUAAUUUCCAACAAAAUUAACCCUAAUAUCCCUAGUACCAAAGUGUCUCGUUAUUGAUAUAUUCAAUGUUUUUUGUUUUUUUUAAAAAAAUCCUGAAUUAACUGCAAAAAAAAUCAUUAAAUAAAAUG